CUUCUCAUUCGCUUUUUUACAAGCAUUCUCCAAAUCCGUACCUUCCCUGCUCAAGAUUGUGUUUUUCAGAAAAUUUGGAAGCCAGUCGAAGUUGUUGUCGAAUUCAUCCCUCUGGCAACUGAAAACGGGAUCUAACAACGUUUAGAAAUAUUAUAGGAUAACUAGCAAUGAAAAUGGGAUUUCGUGAAUACAGGGAUAUCCAUGUACUUGGAAACAGUCCCUUGUUCUUUAUGAGGCAUAUUGCAAUUAUACUUCUGUAUGUCACGUCUUGUUCAGCGAUAUUCCAUUUCCAAGAAACACUUUCCAUCAGUUUAGAUGGCAGUGCAGACAUCUGGCAAGGGAGUCCAUCUGCCUUCAUACGAUCUGAUAAAAAAUAUCGAAUUUGUGCAGACGACAUAUACUGGAGCGAUGAGAUCGCUGAUUCUAUAUGUAGAUACCGAGGUUUCGAUGGAGCAAUGAUCAUAAAGGAAUAUCCAUCCAACUCUGGAUAUGAUUAUGCCGUGUGUAAUCUUGCCGAGACCGGUCGCACACCCCUCGUGUGUGAUUCCAUCGACGUGUGCGAUAAGGCUCCAGUCAUCUCAUGCUUAUUACCAGGAUACCAAGGCUGCUUCACUCACACCGAAUCCAGUCCAUUCUUCACCAACGCGGAACAAGCGCCCUCUCAAGACGAACCAUACAACAUCCAAACCUGUGCUGAGGCAUGCGUCCAAUACCCAUACAUGGGACUUACGAACGGUCAGAUCUGUAUCUGCGGAUCAGCCUUAGACGAUCAGGGUAAAGGGGUCUGUGAUCUGGGAUGUCUAGAAGACGAACUGCAGCUAUGUGGAGGAGUAGAUUCUAUAAGCGUUUUUGCUGUUGGUGGCUUUACCGGACAAUGCAGUUCUUCACAAGCAUCGCAAGAUCUUUUGCCGAACGAAACUUUAUUUGUAUUGUCACCUAAUUUCCCAGAUAGUUUCAGCGCAGGAGCUACAUGCCAGUGGACGUUGUCCAUCAAUGUCCAGGAGAGCCAUAAUCUUGAAGUGACUGCUACAGCCGAUCUUCUGUUAGAUGCCUCCAUCGAGGUUUCCUCCAAGUCGGGCUACCUGUACACGAUUCUUUAUGGAACACAAGGAACAAGCGGGCUUACGUUUUACCCCUAUAGCGUCUUCCAGGAUACCAUUACGGUGGAUUUUACCUCGCAUGGAGUUUUGGGCGGUGGCAGCUUCCUAAUAAGAUUUAGUCUCACCCCAUCCGUUGUAAAAUCGACAUUUCCGCCAUUUGUCACUGAUUCCUCGAUUCGCCAUACACUAGCAUCUCCGUCGCCGACCAAACUUCGUACAAACUCACCGGACAUGCCACCCCCCUCCUCGGAUUCCUUCCCCUCCUCCUCCUCCUCCUCCUCCACCAAUUCCUCCCCCUCCUCGAUCGGAUCUAGUUCAACAAAGACCCUUCCAGAAUCAGCUAGAUCAAUAAACGAGCAGGGUAUGUAUAUUUCGUAG